AUGAUUGUACGGAAGUUCGGUAUGCGGCAGACGCAAUUCCCAGGCCGCCAGCUCCUGGCCAUGAGCCGACGAGCCCCGAUCUCAGCUCGUUUCAAUUCGGCAAUCCCGACAGGCGAGCCCGUCGUCCCAGUCAUGCCAACCCAGGAACCAGAGCCAAUUAUCCAGGCAGAUCCCGUUCCCCGGGUGGAAAACCCCCUGGUUGAGAUGAUGAGCGCGCAAUCACAGGCAAAGACACCCGCGCAGCAAGAAGAAUCACGAAGAUCCAAAUUCCACAAACUUGGAACCUCCGUGAAAGCCUCCUACGACCCCGAAAAUAUCCUCCGCAACCCUCCCAAGCCCUCGCAGGUAACCCUCGAAAUGCUCCUGGCAGCAGGGACACAUCUGGGCCACUCGACCUCGCGCUGGAACCCCCAGAACUCCCGCUACAUCUACGGUAUCCGCGAAGGAGUGCACAUAAUCUCACUAGACGUGACAGCAGCCUACCUGCGUCGCGCCGCGAAGGUAGUAGAAGAAGUCGCCGCACGCGGCGGACUAAUCCUAUUUGCCGGCACACGCAAGGGCCAAAAGCGGGCUGUCGUCAAAGCCGCGGAGCUGGCAAAGGGCUACCACAUUUUCGAGCGGUGGAUUCCGGGCAGUUUGACAAACGGCGAGCAGAUUCUUGGACACUGCGAGACGCGCGUUGUUAAUGCGCUUGAUGAGGUGCUUUCGGAGUUCAAGGCUGAUCUUGCCGAUCGGCCUAGUCUGAAGCCUGAUCUUGUUGUUUGUUUGAAUCCGCUUGAGAAUGUUGUGCUGCUGCAUGAGUGUGGUUUAAACAAUGUUCCUACUAUUGGUGUUGUUGAUACCGAUGCUGAUCCUACUCGCGUGACUUACCCGAUUCCGGCGAACGAUGAUAGUCUCCGGGCCACUUGUUUGAUUGCUGGUAUUCUUGGACGGGCUGGUGAGGCUGGUCAGGUUAGACGGUUGAAGAUGGCUGCUGAGGGUCAGACGACUUAUAAGCCUAUUUCUGCUGCUGAGUUGCGUCUUGAUCCCUUUACUGGGUUGCCGCCUGGUGGUGAGGCUCAGAAGAAGUAG